GCAAGAGGAGUCGAUGGUGUCAACGGUGUAUCGCCGAGGCAGCAGACUCAAGUUUUAACACAGUAUCAAUUCAGGGCGUUGGACGGUAGUCGUAUCCCAGGAAAUGAUGAUAGAAUAUUAGUGGAAUUUGCAAGAGGUAGUACUUGGCGUGGAGCUCGUGAAAGUCGUCAUGGAAGUGGUCGUAGUUAUGAUGGACGACCACCAGAAAGAUGCUUUAACUGUGGACAAAUUGAUAUGGGUCUGGUGGAUACCGCGGAAGAUCCUACUCUCCAUAUCGUCGUUCUCGUUCUCGCUCUUCCCGCCGUUCUCGCUCACCUCGACGUUCCCGCUCACCCCGCCGUUCCCGUUCACCCCGCCGUUCCCGUUCACCCCGCCGCUCCCGUUCACCCCGCCGCUCCCGUUCACCCCGUCGUUCCCGUUCACCCCGCC